AUGGCUGCUUCCACGGCGAACGAUAUCUUACCUAUACGAGAUGGAUUUCCAGAUCGCGCAACGCAACUUUCACCAAUAUGGAAACCCAUAACUCCUGCUGGUCAGAUACCUAUGAACAUUUACAGAGAGCAUGUCAACAAGAAGUUCAAUCUCCAGUUGAAUGACUCCCACGAACUGCAGAGAUGGAGCGUGACGGACCCUCAAGCUUUCUGGAUCGAUCUCUGGCAUUUUGUGGGCUUGAUACCGGCAUUGCCUCCAGGAAUAAAAUAUGCUUACAAUCCAGCCAUAUCCAUUUCAGAAGUGCCGCCAUUCUUCGAGGGUGCAUCAAUCAACUACGCGGAGAAUGUGCUGAUCCAGCCACUCAUUGAUGAUCGAAGCCCUGCGCUGAUUGGGUUGAGGGAAAGUCAACACUUCGCUGGCGAAGUCUGGACAUGGUCCACGUUGCGGGAAAAUGUGCGGAGAAUAAGGAGCGCUCUGAUCAGAAGCGGGAUUCAAAAGGGUGAUAGAGUAGCCGCUCUGAUAUCCACGUCAGUCUGGUCAGUUGCAUUGCUCCUUGGUUCGGCGAGCAUUGGGGCCAUCUUUACUUCGAUUGCUCCUGAUCUUGGGCUUGAGGGAUGUAUUUCUCGGCUGCAACAAGUACAGCCAUCCAUCCUGUUUGCCGAUAGCCACGUCACUUACAAGGGCAAACAGCGUUCCAAUGCAACCAAGAUUUCUGCAAUAAUGAAGCUCCUCAAACCGAGCCCAGAGCUGUUUGUCAUACCUGUGGGACUUGAGGAGGCUCUCCAGCCGCUCUCGGCCUUCCUGGGCAGGUCGAAAGACGCGGACGAACUGAAAUUUGCCAGAUUCGCGUUCACGACACCUCUUUACAUUCUUUACUCCAGUGGGACGUCGGGUCCUCCAAAGUGCCUUGUGCACAGUCAUGCGGCUAUCAUUCAGCACAAGAAAAUCGGAAUGCUCCACAAUUCCCUGAAGCCAGGAGAAGUUGUCUUCCAAUAUUCAAGUACAUCGUGGGUCCUCUGGAACAUCAUGGUCGGCCACCUUGCCAUGGGAGCCACUCUGAUCUUGUACGACGGAUCGCCUACCUGGCCGAAGCCUCAGUGCAUGCUUGAAAUUGUUCAAAAAUUCAAAGUGAACUACUGGGGUGCCUCACCAAAAUAUCUCAAAGAGCUGGAGUCAACAAGGUGUACACCCAAGACAGAAUAUGAUCUUUCGAGUCUACGAAUGGUGCAGACCGGAGGAUCUCAUCUUGCUUCGGACCAGUAUCACUGGUUUUACAACGUCUUUCCCUCGAACGUGCAUCUGACAAGCGUGACUGGAGGAACGGACCUGGUCACUUCCUGGUGCGGAACCGAUCCUGCCGGCCCGGUUUUCCCAGGAGAAAUCCAAAUGCCCAUCCUCGGACAUGAUGUCGAUAUAGCGGAUCCCACUGAUGGCCAUUCGAUCAAGGACACUGGGGAAGCUGGAGAAUUUGUCUGCCGAAAACCAUUUCCCUCCAUGCCCAUUUAUAUGUGGGGCGAUACGCAAGGUGAAAAGUACCGAGCAUCGUAUUUCAGUCGAUACUCGUUCCCCUGUUGGGCUCAGCAUGAUUGGGCGAGUGUGAACCCUAUCACGAAAGGGUGGAUAGUGCACGGGAGAAGUGACGGCGUGCUUAACCCGCAAGGCAUACGAUUCGGCUCCGCAGAGAUCUACUCCAUCACUGAAGCGGCUCCUUUGUCGAACACAAUCGCCAUCAGCCUCUGCGUUGGUCGAAAGAGGCACGGUGUUGACUUCGACGAGUCCGUAUUCCUUUUUGUCGUCAUGCGUGCUGGGCACUCCUUUACCAAUGAGUUAGAGCAACUACUGAAAGACACCAUCCGCAAGUCCCUCAGCCCCAGGCAUGUUCCACGUUUUGUGGUCGAAGUGAAGGAGAUCCCGAUGACAUCAAAUGGCAAGAAGGUCGAGACCCUUGUCAAAGAAGUCAUCUCAACAGGGAAGAUACCAGGAACGAUAAGUUCUACAGUGAUAAACCCAGCAUGUCUUGAGGCGUUCCGGCAAUUCUACCAACUCGAGCCGCAAGUACGGGCGAGGUUGUAG